AUGGGCAAAAACACAGACAAGCUCUUCAUCACGCAUUCUGAAUGGGCCCAGGGAAAUCAUGCAUCUUCCUCAGGUAAAAAAACUGGCUCAACGGCUCCCUCACAGCUGGCUGCUGCUCUUCCAUUUUGGACGUGCUCUGUGUCUCAGCAGCCCGUGGACCCCUCAUGUGCGGUCUGUGACCUUCAUGGUAACGUCUUUGAUUUAAAAAAUGUCAUGCCGUAUAUAUUGCGCCAGAAAAUCAAUCCUGUUACCCGAGAACCUCUGGAACGUGCUGCAGAACUUAUCAAGCUUAAACUGGCUAAAAACGACCAAGGUAAAUAUGUUGACCCAGUCACUUUUAAAGAGUUUCAAACCCUCAGCGAUGCCGUUGUUAUCAAGUCCUCAGGUAACGUCUAUUUCAUGUCCACAAUCAAAGAAAUGUGCUUGAAAACUGGCAAUCUCGUUGAUCUUGUUUCUGAGAAACCAUUCAUUAAAUCGGACAUUAUCCAUCUGCGUGGUGGUGCCGGUGUUCAAAAAAAACUAGAAGUCCAACAACCAAAUCCCAAACGACCACUACAACAAAUCGCUCAUCCAGACGUCAAACCUCCAACGCCAGGUCUUACAACUCAUCAUCUGGCUGCAUCUGUCACAUCUACCUCUGUUGAUAUUUCUACAGAAUCUAAGCGGCUCGGUUUACCUCUCGAGCGAUUGCUUGUUCCCAAACGCUACAAUGAACCAGGAUACGCAGUUUUGUCCACGUCUUUAGGCGAAAUGACUCUUGAACUCUGGCCAAAGUACUCCCCCAUUGCUGUCUAUAACUUUUUGGCGCUGGCCCGCUCAAACUACUACAACAAUACCAUUUUCCACCGAAACGUACGCGGAUUCAUGAUCCAAGGUGGUGACCCUACAGGCACAGGCACAGGAGGCAAGAGCUGUGCUGAGCUCGGAGGAAAGCCUAUCAAGGACGAAACAAAUACCCCCUACAAACAUGAUACGCGUGGAAUUCUGUCUAUGGCAAAUCGCGGGAAAAACACUGCUACUUCACAGUUCUUUAUGACAUACCGCCGCGCGCCGCAUCUGGACGGCAAGCACACCAUCUUUGGCAAAAUCAUCAAGGGUCUGGACGUGUUGGAUGCCAUGGAGCGUACCGAUGUUGAUUCCCAAGACCGGCCGUUGAAGAAAAUUGAAAUUUACGAAAUACGAAUUCUUCAAGACCCAUUUGUAGAAACAAAAAAGGAAGAGCCAAAAGAAGAACCUGAAGUGGACGAUUCGCCAUGGCUGAAAAAAUCCUCCGCUCAAACAGGCUCCAUCGGCAAGUACAUUAAAGCCCGACCUGCAUCUGCCAUAGUCGACAAUGGCGAAAGUAACUGGAAGAUCCACAAGAAACGUAAAACAACACUCCAAAAGAGCUCAUUUUCAGGAUGGUAG